AUGGCGUUGAGCACUGCGGCGUUCUUUGACAUUGCGUCGGCUGCGACUUGCUACUCACAGUCGACAGCAUGCUGUUUGAAGUUGAACAAGGCCCCGGGGCUGGCAGGCAAGAUUUACUUCCCUAACUCAACCGAGUAUGUGGAACGUAUGGACUCGUACUGGUCCAUCACAGCCGCCCUGGACCCUUGGUGUGUCGCACAACCCUCAACAGCCGAGGAUGUCUCAACUAUCAUCACCACCCUUGCUGCCUCCAACUGCACAUUUGGCGUUCGCGGUGGUGGUCACGGCUCCUUUGCUGGAUCCAACAGUGUCAACGACGGUGUAACCAUCGACUUUGGCAACUUCAACAGCACUACCUACAACCCCGAUACCAAGAUCGCCUCCAUUGGACCCGGCGGCCACUGGCAAACCGUCUACGACACUCUUGCACCUUAUGGCGUCGUCGUUACUGGCGGUCGCGCCGGUACUGUCGGAACUGGUGGCUUCAUCCUCGGCGGCGGUAACUCCUUCCACUCAGCAUCUCACGGUUUCGCAUGCGACCAAGUUGCCAACUUUGAGGUGGUCCUUGCUGACGGAUCCAUCGUCAAUGCCAAUGCUACUUCCAACUCCGAUCUGUGGCAAGGUCUGAAGGGAACUGGUGCCAACCUCGGUCUUGUCACUCGCUUCGACAUGUACGCCAUUGACUUCCCCGACCCAACAAAGCCUGUAGUCUGGGGAGGCAACCUCAUUUACGACCUAGAGUCUGGUCCCAAAGUCAUUGACGCUCUCGUUGAAUUCACGGAGAACGUCAACAAGGAUGAGAACAGCUCUUCCAUCGUCUAUUGGGCUUACCUCCCCCAACUCGGUGGUAUGAUCCUCAACGCCGCCAUCGAGAACACCUUGGCUGAGGUUGCGCCUCCUGCUUUCGAUGCCUACUACGCAGCCGGCAACAUCACCCAGGACACCACUAAGGUCGACUUGAUCUCCAUCGUCGCAAAUGAACUCGGAUCCGGCCAGCCCGCAGGCUUUCGCAACGCCUGGUUCACGCUUGCAUUCGACAACGACGCCCGAGUCAUGAACUACGCCGUCGAGAAGUUCUACACUCUGAACGCGGAUCUCGAGAAGGCUGUCGGUGCCGACUCUGGCUUCAACACUCUUUGCAUGUUCCAGCCCAUCACCAAGUCCAUCGUCGACAAGGGCAUCGCCAUGGGUGGCAACAGCAUGGGUUUGGGCCACUACAUCACCCGUGGCAACGGCAUUAUGUUCCUCAUUACUUUUGCCGUCAACGGCGCUGAGAACGAGACCAUUUCUUUCCCGUACAUCCAAGCUUACACAGAAGAUGUCGAGGCCUAUGCUGCGUCUCUGGACUUGAACUGGGGCUGGAUUUUCCUCAACUAUGCUCACAAGGUGCAGGAUGUCAUCUCGUCAUAUGGCGAAGCUUCCAUUGAGAGGUUGAGGGCCGCUUCUGCCAAGUACGAUCCCACAGGUGUUUUCCAAAACCUGCGUCACUCAGGCUUCAAGAUUCCCUUCUAG